AUGAGUAAAAUUCCAUAUGCUUCUGCUAUUGGAUCUAUCAUGUAUGCCAUGUUAUGUACCCGUCCAGAUGUCUCAUAUGCCUUAAGUAUGACGAGUAGGUACCAAGUAGAUCCCGGUGAAGGUCACUGGACCACAGUCAAGAAUAUCCUUAAGUACUUAAGAAGAACUAAGGAUACGUUCCUAAUAUAUGGAGCUGAGGAAGAGUUAAGUGUAAAAGGUUACACUGAUGCCAGCUUCCAAACCGAAAAGGAUGAUUCUCGAUCACAAUCAAGUUUUGUGUUUUGCCUUAAUGGUGGUGCUAUGAGCUGGAAGAGUUCAAAGCAAAGUACAGUAGCCGAUUCUACAACAGAGGCUGAGUAUAUUGCAGCUAGUGAGGCAGCAAAAGAAGCGGUUUGGAUCAAGAAGUUCAUUACUGAACUAGGGGUUGUGCCUAGUAUAUCAGAUGCUAUAGAACUCCGAUGUGAUAACAAUGGAGCCAUUGCACAAGCAAAAAAACCCAGAUCUCACCAACGAUCCAAACAUAUACUUAGGAUCAACAACAAAGCAUCCGUCCAUUUUGUUCCGAACACGGAUAUUCUCAAAUUCAUUAGCCUAGAGUUUAGUUUCACUCAAGAACUUGAUGCUGGGGUCUUUGAUAGCGAAGAGCUAUCUCAACUCACGAACUAUUGUAGGGCUCCUACCAUCACGACAAUUCUAACAAAGGAUUUUCAUGGCUCUGGACGGGGCGAUCACCAGCCCCUGCCUUGA